AGUGCUAUAUAUAUAAUACUGUCAGUGUUUUAAUUAAAAAAAACAAUUUAGAAGGUCAAUUCAAUUUUAUUUGUCUUCACUCUUCAGUCGCAUUUUAAAGUAAAUGGAAUCUUGAGAAAAUUUUGCCAUAUUUUCAGCUUCUUUUUCUUAAUUGGCUUCUUAAAUUUUUAAUCAGAAUUAAUAAUACGAAAACGUAUUUCCAUGGCUGUAUAGUUUAUUAGACCAUCGUACACGCAUACGUAUAUAAGUUUUUAGUUACGCAUGUAAGUUCUUUCAUCAUGUUAAUUAGAGCAUCUCCAACCUAUUGCUAUUUUCACCUCUAUAAUAACAUUUUGAGGUAAAAUUGCUCCAACCCAUCUCUAUUUCUUCCUCUAUAAUAGAGAUCUCUAUAUUUUUCUCUAUUUAUAGAGGAAGAAAUAGCAUUUCUCUAUUUUUUACUCUAUAAUUUGAAUCCUAAUUUGCUUUCUUCUUUGUCACAACCCCACUUAAACUUAUAAUCAUUAGACAGAUUGGGUAAUUAUUAGCUACCCCAUUGCUAUUAGAAAACUUAGCACGAUUAAUUAUUCAUCUCUUUGUUUUUCCUUUGCUUUAUCAUAUUUUAAGUAAAGCAUUUGAACCGGCCAGCCUGAAAUCCCUUUAAAUAUUGUUUAAAAUAGCCAGAAGUCAUUCCUCCCCACGAAUGUCCCGAGAGCAGAAAAAAAGAAGAGAAAGGGAUAUUUUUAGAUAAGUGGAGCUGAGUGGGCUUGUGAUUACCGAUAUCCAUCUUAAUUGUAUUUGUUUUUUUAUAAAUAUUUGAAUAAGCUUAUCAGAAAAUUAAGUCUAGCUAGUGGUAUGAAAUAUUGUUGCCAUUAUAAAUAUCUAAUCUGGACAAUGCAUCGAUACCAUCACGGUCCAUGACCUCAACGAAGCCUUUGAUCAAGGAAUUGAAGACCACAAAAAAUUGAUAACGUGAAAACAUUCGUAGAUGAUCAUGUGAAAACCUAAAUUCCACAUUUCCACUAUCCUAAAAUAUUUUCAAUUGGAGCGAGAGUUUAGGUUACUAAAGUUAAACAAUAGCAUCGCUUAAGUGUAGUUUUAUGAUACUGAUCGCAUAAUAAGUAAACUUUUAAAGAAUACGGUUUAAAAUAAUGCGUGAAGAGAUCAGUUCAAACGCCUAGGCUACAUUAUAGGCACUCCAAAGCCUACUAAUGUGUCUCCUUUAUACCUUUUAUUGAUCUCAUACUUAAGUCAGUUCCCAUGGCCUUUUCAGAUAUCAGCUUGAUUAUAUAUAUAUAUUAUAUAUUUGAUAUUCUGCCUUAUAUUUCAUUGAUUUAUAUCAAACUUUAUUUUCAGUAUCCUUUUUCAGCAACAUACAAUACAUGCACAGAGUUUAAGUAACCUUUAUUUAAAACAUGUCUAAUUUUUUUUUGACAUAAUUUUUUUUAACCGGGUUGAAUCUAAAGAGAAGUGCAACCCACAAAUGGAUCAUUUCGUCGGAAAUAAAAUGGACUAUAAGUAAUGAAUCCUAUCUCCACGUGACCACGUUAGAAUUAGUAAUUGCAUUGAAUGAGAAUUCAUCUCUGGCCAGUGGAAACUACUAGGUGUUAUUGGUUUAUAUAUUUUGUUUGAUUUAAAAAUCCAUAUAGUAUUUAUAAAUCCAAGUAGAAUAUGCAAAUCCGGAGGUUUUCCCUCGGAUUUGAGUCUUUGUAUUUUUAACUAAAAAAUCUAAACAAAUCCAUUCAAAUCCAUUAUAAAAUCAAAUAUAUUAGUAAAUCCGUACGAUUGAAUACGAUUGAAUAACACUUGAUUUGAUACAGAAUUUAUGAAUCAUUAAACCAAUAACACAUGAUUUUAAUACAAAUUUAAAAAUCAUAGAACCAAUAACACUAGAUUUAUUUCGGAUUUUCAAAUCCAUUAAAAUACAACAACCAAUAACUAAACUACCACGAUGUGGUUUAAUUUAUUCCUUAUAUAUUAAUAGCGAUAUAUUUUUAAGAUAUACCAUUUAUUUCUUAAGAAUAUAUAACGUCCAAGUAAAAAUUCUGACGUAUCACAUACGAGCUAAUUUUUAAAACAAUAUCCCAUGCAUUAUAGAUAUAAUACUUACCAUUUAAUGUUCACAAAUAUAUAACCAAGUUCAAAUCAUUAGUAAAAAUAAUCUUGAACCUUGACUUUGAUAUCUUUUCAAAAUAAAAUACCAUACGGUAGAUAUAUAUAUAUAUAUAUAUAUUAUAUAUAUAUAUAUGUCAUUUUUUUAGAGUAUAGUGAUAUAUAAACUGUACAAAGUUACAAUUAUCUUAUAACAAUAAUGUAAAAUACUAUACAACUUCAAUAUUUAUACUAGUUCAUCUCUGAUAAUUAUAUUAUCGCUAAAUUUAUUUAUAAAUCAUAGGACUGAGCAAACAAAAAGUUUUAAACCUGACGCAUUGUGUAAAUAUUAUUGUAUGAUAAACGCAUGUCCAAUGUUCUACAUGGCAUGGUAGGUGAUGGUAUUUAUUAAUUAACUACGUUUACGCUCAAAAGUGUCCAAAUAAACAAAACGGAUUAGGUGUGUGUAUUUGUCUGGCGUAGGGAUCUUUUCUCCACUCGUAUCUCCAUCCAAUGAAAUCUUUCUAUUUCUCAUUGUGACAUCCGAAAUGACGAGUUUGUUUUGCACAAAUAUAUAAUCGAAGGGCAAAGAGAAAACCCAUUGAGAUAGCAAAAGGGCAUGCCAAAAGGUUAGAAGAACGGUGGUGUGAAUUUGUACGAUACUGGUAUCCUUUUGUAUUACUUUUUAACUAACCAAUUGCUCAAGUUAGCAUUUAGCUCUGCAGAAUCCCAUUAUAAUAUAUCGAAAUGGGAAACGUUUUUCAUAUUGAUGUAUGAGUUCAUAAUCAUAUAUCUGUAGAAACAACAUUUCUAGUUUGGUGUUUCCUUAAUUUGCAAUUGGUUAAUAUUCACAAUAUUAUACAUGUAGCCAAUCCUACCAAAAUGGGUUAACUUACUUGAUACUUAUUAGAUUAGCAUAGUAUCUUCAGUUCUGAAAGAAAUUUUUUCGUAUAAUUAAAUUCUUCUUUGUAAAAAAACUCAUAUAUAAAGAUAUGUCUCUCAUUGUUUCAAAAGAAAAAAAAAGAUAUGUCUCUCAUUGACUUUUCAUAGGUAUGUCAAAGAUUAUCAGGUAAAAAAUUAUUGUUUUCCAUCAAUCGCAAAUAAUUUCAUAGUAAUAUUUCACUAAUUUAUUUGAGUUGCACUAACUUUUUUAGUAAUAACAUACAUAACUAUUUAAAUGAUGCAUCCAUUUAAAUAUUUAUAUUAGCAUUUAUAUUUAUAAUAUGAAUAUAUAUACAUCGUGCGCUAUGUUGGAACACGUUUUUGACAAAGUGGUAUAGACCAUUUUUCCGAUGGAUUUUUCGAUGGAGACAUCUGUCGGAAGAACCGGAAUUUGGACACGAUGUAAUCGUCAUCAUGAACACUAUGAGUUAGUGUAUUUGUUGGUGAGAAAUGAAGGUCCAAAAUAAAUAACAUACAAAGAAUUUAGAUUUAACCUGUUUUAAAAUCUUAUUCAUAAAAUAUUUUUAUGUUUUUUAAAUAUAAAAAUAUAAACCUAGUAAAGUAUAGUGGUGUAUUUGAUUUGGUCAAAUAUGCAUUAUGACUUUGAUAUCUAACGUACAAUGAGUCAUGGGAAUUAAAUUCCUUUACUACAAUUGAAAGCAUUGGUACGUUAGUGGUCUCCAUGAUUUCACAAGGUGUUACACUUUCUCCAUUUAAAUAGAAGCACUUGUGUAGCAAAGAACAUACAGAAAAUAAUACAAUCCUCCAUAUUUCUUUUAUCUUUCCUUUUGAUUUUUUUUUCAAUCUGAUAGUAUAAACAAAACUAUUUUCGUCAGAUUUCUGAUAGAAUGACGCAAAUCAGAAGAUUUUUUUGCUGCUGUAUCUUGAAACUCAUUAUGUUAUCGAACCGUCGCACUACGAGACGUAUUUUGAGUAAAGGAAAGAAAAAUAUCUCGACUCUACAGUUGUAUCAUCAUUUUCUUUAUCUUUAGUAUAAUCUUAUCAAUUUUAUUUUUUACAAUAUUCAGUUUUCCGUAGUUUAUAUAAUACGGUUCUAUCACGCUAUAUUAUGUUUCUAAUUAAAGCCAAAAUCUAUAAUACUGCUACUCAUGCUUAAUCACUCAUCAAUCACCUCAAUUUUUUUUUAAAUAUAAAUACUUAGAGAAAACAAAAUUCCCUGACAUAAUAAAAAUAUAUAAUAAUGUCCAUAUACACCCAAUAAAAGCUUGGCAAAUAAAACGAUGAUUGAGGGCGAAACAGAAUGUAUAUAAAAUGGUAUUGUUUAGGAAAAAACACAUGAAGUACAAAGUUACCAAGUGUACGAUGGCUGACGGGGCACGACACUUCCUCAAUACUAACUUUUUUUUUUUUUUGUAAAUGGCUUGUUCAAUACUAACUUACUAACACUAUAAAGCUUAUAUACCAAAAAAUUGCAUUAUUUUUGGCAUAAAACUAAAAAAAGAGAUGUUUAAAAUAAAUAAAUAUAUAAGAAACAAAAGAGAACAAAAGAGUUUCAACAUGUUUUAGACUCUAUAUGAUUUAAAUAUUAUGUAUUGAUUUAUUCAUCUUUUUUUUUUUGUAACUUGUGAUUUAUUCAUCUAUAUAGAGAGAAUUAUUUGGUAUAAUGUUUAUGUAUUACAUCUGCACUAAAAAGAUAGAAAUAUUGGGUGUGAUGGUUAUAUAUUGCAUAUGUAUCUAAUGCUUAUUAAUGUCAAUAUAGUGCGAUAAUAUUAUGACUAUAGUUUUGUUUCCAUAAGAUUAUAUACGAUCGUUUUAAUACUACGUAUAAACAUGCCUAAAUAAUUACAUACACAUAUAUGAUAUGUUACCAUAAAAAUAUAUAUCAUAAAAGUAUAAUCAUCAAUUUAAGUAGCAUAUUAAUAUUUUCACAUGCGCGCCGGCCUUCCAUCUAAUAAAAUUUAUAUACAAGAAAUUGCAUUAUGACACUGUGGAAAAUGUUAAUUAAUUAAGAAACUAGAUUUUGACCCACGCUUAAGAAGCGCGGAUAUUUUUUUGUUCUAAAUCCGCUAAAAUUGAAACAAUUUUUAACCAUUUAUUAGUUAUAUGCAGUGUUUAGAAACCCGACCUGGACCCGCGGUUAAACCAGUUAACCCGGUAACGCAAGAUAAAUCCGAUUCGGGUUUUGUGAAGAAACCAAAAUUUAAAAACUCGCUAAAACCCGUUAAAGCCCGGAAGGCGGUACCGGUUGAACCACUGGUUGAACCAAAACCAAUGGACAAUUUUUUUAGUUUUUAUUUUUGUUUUUAAAAUCUAUUUUGUAUAAUUUUUAAUUAAGAAAUUAGGUUUUUCGGUUUUGAUAUCGUCAAUUUAUUAAUGAUGUUUUACUUUUGGUAAAAUGUCAGAUUUGAAAUUUAAUUUUAUUAUUCACUUUAGAAAAAAUAUUUAUGAAUUUUUAAACCCUGAUAUGUUUUAUAAAAAUAUUUAAGAAAUACUUAACUUUAGUUUCUCUAUAUAUAUUUUUCAUAGCUAAUAUAUUAAUAUAUAAUAAAUUAACUAUGAUAAUAUAUUGUUAGACAAAAUUUAAGUAGGACCAUAAAAUUAUUAGCUCUUAUAAAAGGGUCAACCUUCAUAUAUAGAUUUAUUUAAACUCAUUUUCUUUUAAUAAAGUAGAUUCUUUAAGUUUCAUUAGAUUUGGUAAUCGAAGAUGAUGGAAUAAAAAUAUGGUCGAUUUUGUUUAAUAUAUUAUUCUCGUAUAUUUUAAGAGGUUGCUAGUUUGUGGGAAUAUUCUUUUGGCUUUUUCUAUUUUUUUAUAUCUUUCACAUAAACGGUUACAUAAGUUACUAAACGAAAUCCAACAAUACGUGCUAAUAUAAAAUAACAAUAAAAUAAAAUUUUAGAAUACGUUUUGGAGGUUGGAACAAAUGUUUAAAAUAUAAUUACAAAGGCACAUAUACGUUUUGGUUAUUUUUGUACUACGACCCGAGAGAGAACUUGAUUAUUAGGUUAAUAAUUAGUAUACAACUAUCUAAUAGCCCAAGCUGUUUUAUAUAUGGGUACAGUUAGACUAAAUUUUUUUAAGACAAAUUUAACCUUAAUGAAUAGGUGCGGUAACCUUGUUUAAAUAGAUUUUUCAAGAGUACUUCCUUUUUAAUAGUAUAGAUAGUAAUUAAUGAAAUUGUUUUUGGUAUUAAAAAAAGAGGUAAGUUUAAAAUAAAUAAAUAAAUAAGAAGCAAAAGAGGUUAGAACAUAUUUUAGACUCCAUAUGAUUAAAAUUGUGCAUUGAUUUAUUUAUAUAUAUAUAUAUAUACAUAGUUAUUUUAUCAAAUAGACUUUUAUUUCUGUCAUAUAAGUGACAAUUUCUUCUUUUUCGUUUCUAGUAACAUUGUAUUUUAAUGCAAAUACUUGAUAUAAAUCUGAUUUUCGUAGUAGCAUGCUAGCAUUGGUGAAAAUUUUAAAUAAUAUGGAUCAAAAAGUUACUAAACUGUCACAUACUCCCUCUCUUCCCAAAAUAAGGAUUUUCUAGAGUAUUUACGCAUAUUAAAGAAACAAUUAAUUUUUUACAAUUGAAUUUAUUAUUUAUUUUACUAUACAUUUUCCAAUAAAUAUCAGCUAAUAGUAUUCAACUAAUUCAAAUAUUUUCAAUUAAUUUUUUUUUAAAGUAUACAACUUUUCAACAUUAACUACUAAAGUACCUUCAAAUUUUAGAAAAUUUAUUAUUUUGGAAUAAAAAAUAAAUUUAAAAAGUCUUACUUUCAAGAACAGAGAGAAUAUAAUAUGUGUCGAAGUAUUUGAAUUGUCGUUCCUCCCAAAACCAUUUACAAAUUCAUGACAGAAAGUGGAGAAGAAGCAGUUGAUGGGGUAACCGACUGCAAAUUGAAUAUGUUGUGGACUAGAUCUUUAUUGAAAGUUUUGAAAAUUUCUAGGUUGGCCGGCUAUUGUAUAUGUUGUGGGCUAGAUUUUCUUUUUUGAGACUAGUAUAAUAUGUUCACCAUAGAUGAUAUAUUGUUAAAUGUAAAAUUAUGAUAACUUAAAAAAAAUUAUGAUAAGUUUUUUAAAAUAAAAGUAUGAUACUUUGUUAAUGGCAUAUAAUAAGAAUGAUGUAAUAGACACAAAAAUACGUGAAAGUCUUCUUAGUUCAGUGGUUUGAGUAAUGAUUCAUUAAUGCUUCUACAUUAGGAGAUCUGGGUUUCGAAUUCUAGCAAAAGCGAAUUAUGUAGAUUUAUGGAGAAAAGCAUACAUGAAAUCUUCGGCAUGGUGCAAGGAGUACCGUCAAACAUAGAUCUUAUAAGAUGGCUCAUGAUGAUGCAGUCAGACGUGAAACCUUAUAAGACAGGUAGACUUGCCGGCUGUAGAAUCGUCUUGUAAUAUUUAUCAUAGUUUGUAAUAGUAUAAUUAACCAUCGACAAAAAAAAAGACACAAAAAUACAAAUACUCUAUACUGUAUAUAAACUCAUAUUAUUUGUGGAGACAUUAAGUGAUCAUAAGAUAAUCAAAAGAUUAAUUGCAUCAAUCUUUGAGAUUUCAAUGAGGUAAAGAGUCAAAAAGUGUAGUGGAGCACAAAAAAAACUCAUAGGUGGGAAAAAAAGAGAACUCCAUUAAAUAUAUAAACUCCUACUUAAGUAUUUGAAACACAUAUAUAUACACACAUAUGAGAGAUAGUCACAUCAUAAGUCACAACUAACAAUUUAUAUACAUCUCUCUCUUCUAUAAGUUUUAAUGGUGAUUUAAGAGACCCGUAGUUCUCUCAGCCUCUGAUCAUCAUCCGGUUUCUACUCUCAGCAAAACACAAAUCAACGAUAAUAUCUCACUCUCUUUACUCAUUCUUCUUAUUUGGAUAAGAUUUGCUCUCCCUCAUUUUCGGCAGACUCAAUCCAAACCCUAACCUCUUUGAUUCCCAUCGCAUAAUAUUAAUUAUUCUCUUCAAGAAACCAAUUAUAAAUAUUUUGAAGAAAUACCUUUCUUUACCAUCCCUCUUUUUAUUCUUACUCCAGGCUUUAAAUGUCAAAUGGUUCAAUCUGUCCUUUGCCCUUAAAUACUGUCACCACCACCAUCACUUCUCUACUGCAAACCCUUCUCGUAUCCUCUUAAGAAUAAGUACUUAAAAUACAUUACAAAUAGACACCAAGCCCCUCCUAUAUAUAUUGCAGUAAAAACAAGAGAAUAAAAGAGAAACGACUCUUGGUUUAGCUUUCUUAAUGGAUUGGAAGAAAGAGAUGGAAGGUAACCUAGCGAAUGACUACUUGUCCUCCAACCACGGCAUGAUGACGUCACAACGCCGCAUCUGCGUCUUCACCGGUCCGGUGAUCGUAGGCGCCGGACCGUCGGGACUAGCGACGGCGGCUUGUCUCAAAAAGAAAGGAAUAACUUCGGUAUUACUCGAGAGAUCAAACUGCAUAGCGUCACUAUGGCAGCUCAAGACAUACGACCGCCUCAGUCUCCACCUUCCAAAGCAAUUCUGCGAGCUUCCGCUUAUGCCCUUUCCCGCUGACUUCCCAACUUAUCCGACAAAACAGCAGUUCAUCGAGUACCUCGAGGACUACGCUCGUAGGUUCGAUAUACGACCGGAGUUUGGUCAGACGGUCGAGUCGGCGGAGUUUGAUGAGAAACUCGGGAUGUGGCGAGUGAGGAGCGUGGGUAAAGAAGGCAUGACGGAGUAUGUUUGCCGGUGGUUGGUGGCUGCGACGGGGGAGAAUGCAGAGCCGGUGGUCCCUAGGUUUGAGGGGAUGGAGAAGUUUGCGGCCACGGGGGUAGUUAAGCACACGAGUCAUUAUAAGACCGGUGGAGAUUUCGCAGGAAAAAGGGUUUUGGUCGUCGGAUGUGGAAACUCCGGCAUGGAGGUUUGUUUGGAUCUAUGCAACUUCGGUGCUCAGCCUUCUCUCGUUGUCAGAGACGCUGUGCACGUCCUACCACGAGAGAUGUUGGGUACUUCAACUUUUGGGCUGUCCAUGUUGUUACUCAAAUGGUUGCCCAUCCGGCUUGUUGACCGUUUCCUCUUGAUUGUUUCCCGGUUCAUCCUCGGGGAUACCACCCUGUUAGGUCUUAACCGACCCCGGUUAGGUCCAUUGGAGCUCAAAAAUCUCACCGGCAAAACCCCGGUUCUCGACGUGGGGACGCUUGCCAAGAUCAAAACAGGAGAUAUCAAGGUGUGUUCUGGGAUAAGAAGGUUAAAACGGCACGAAGUUGAGUUCGAUAACGGGAAAAAGGAGAGAUUUGAUGCCAUAAUAUUGGCAACUGGCUACAAAAGCAACGUACCCUCUUGGCUAAAGGAGAAUAAAAUGUUUAGUAAGAAAGAUGGAUUCCCAAUACAAGAGUUUCCGGAGGGAUGGAGAGGGGAAUGUGGGCUAUAUGCGGUGGGGUUCACAAAACGUGGGAUUUCGGGAGCAUCAAUGGAUGCAAAGAGAAUAGCUCAAGAUAUAUACGAGUGUUCAAGAAAAUCUGAUCAAGCCCAUAGACAUAUCCAAGUGUUCAUGUCAAGUAAACCUGAUCAAGCCUAAAGUAGAUUAAUAAUAAACGGUUGUGAGAUGAAAGGUUUCUGUCAAGAAAAAUACAUAACUUGAAGACGGGUAGCGAUCAAAGAAGAAAAUUGAUGGUUUGGGUUUCAAGGGGAGGAUGGGGGGCGUGAUGUAAAUUAAGACUUAUCUCCAGCUGCAAUGCAAAUUGGGGAAAGAAAAAAUGAAAAUGAAAUUUAGUGAGAGUGAUCGUGGUGGGAAUUGAUGAUCAUCUGCCCCAAGACGAAGAGGGGACCCUCUCUCUCUCUCUCUCUCUCUCUCU